CCGGCUCCGGGUCCCCGGCCUGGCGGCUGCGGCGUCUGCUCCGAGCGGCGGCGGCGGCGGCGCGAGCGGCCAUGGAGGCGGGCGCCGGGGCCGGCGCGGGCGCCGCGGGCUGGAGCUGCCCGGGCCCAGGACCCACAGUGACCACUUUAGGCUCCUAUGAGGCCUCUGAGGGUUGUGAAAGGAAGAAAGGCCAACGCUGGGGGUCCCUGGAGCGGCGGGGGAUGCAAGCUAUGGAGGGGGAAGUGUUACUCCCAGCUCUCUAUGAGGAGGAAGAGGAAGAGGAGGAAGAAGAGGUGGAAGAAGAGGAAGAGCAAGUGCAGAAAGGUGGCAAUGUGAGCUCCCUGUCUGUCAGCAAGCACCGGGGCCUGAGCCUCACUGAGACAGAGCUGGAAGAGCUGAGGGCUCAGGUGCUCCAGCUGGUGGCAGAGCUGGAGGAGACCCGGGAGCUGGCAGGGCAGCAUGAGGAUGACUCCCUGGAGCUUCAGGGGCUCCUGGAGGAUGAACGGCUGGCCAGCGCCCAGCAGGCAGAGGUGUUCACCAAGCAGAUCCAGCAGCUCCAAGGUGAGCUGCGGUCUCUACGAGAGGAGAUUUCCCUGUUGGAGCGAGAGAAAGAAAGGGAACUUAAGGAAAUAGAACAGGAGUUGCACUUGGCCCAGACUGAGAUCCAGAAUCUGCGGCAAGCAGCAGAGGACUCCGCGACUGAGCAUGAGAGUGACAUAGCAUCCCUGCAGGACGAUCUCUGCCGGAUGCAGAAUGAGCUUGAUGACAUGGAGCGCAUCCGGGGAGAGUAUGAAAUGGAGAUCACUUCCCUCCGUGCAGAAAUGGAAAUGAAGAGCUCUGAUCCAUCCAAUAGUUUAAAUCUUUCAGAUUACUCUGAGAUGCAAGAAGAGUUGCAGCAACUGCGGGAACGCUGCCACUUCCUGAACGAGGAGUACCGGGCCCUGCAGGAGAGUAACAGCAGCCUCACAGGGCAGCUUGCGGAUCUGGAGAGUGAGAGGACACGAAGAGCAACAGAAAAGUGGCUGGAGUCCCAAAUGCUAAAGGAUAUGAUGUCAGCAGAGUCUCAGACUUCAGAAAUGGAUUUUCUGGAACCUGAUCCUGAAACCCAGUUGUUGCGACAACAGCUACUGGGAGCUGAAGAGCAGAUGCAUGACAUGCAGAACAAGUGUAAGGAGUUGUGUUGUGAGCUGCAAGAACUACAGCAUCAUCGUCAGACCAGUGAGGAGGAGCAGAGGCGGCUGCAGAGGGAGCUCAAGUGUGCACAGAAUGAGGUGCUUCGGUUUCAGACUUCCCACAAUGUCACCCAGAACGAGGAGCUGAAGACCAGACUCUGUGCCCUGCAGCAAAAGUAUGAUGCUAGCCAGGAUGAGCAGAAUGAGCUCUUGAAGGUGCAACUACAACUUCAGUCUGAGCUCCGGCAGCUCAAAGUCUUGAAAUCCACAGUCGUAGAAAGCCCAAAUGAGAAGGAGUUACUGUGCCGGCUACAGAAGCUGCAGCUCCAGUACCAGCACAUCACGUGCGAGAAGGAUAAGCUGCUGGAAGUGCAGCGACAGCUGUGCGGGGACCUGCGGUACCAUGAGGCGGAGGUGCAGCGCCUCAAGGACGUCGUGGCCUCCUUCCAGGAGAGCAGUGAGAAGAAUGCAGAGAUGCACGCCCAGCUUCAGGAGGUGAAGCGGCUGUACCAGACCAGCAAGGAAGAGCUGGAGCGGCAGAAGUACAUGUAUGAUCAGCUCGAGCAGGACCUCCUGCUUUGCCAGCAGGAGCUGAAGGAGCUCAAGACCACCAAACCCAUCCCAGAGGAAAAGGGGAAAUGUGCUAAUAAGUGUGACACACUGCUGUCCAGACUGACAGAGUUGCAGGAAAAGUACAAGGCCAGCCAGAAGGAGAUGGGGCAGCUGCAGAUGGAGCAGUGCGAGCUCCUGGAGGAUCAGAGGAGGAUGCAGGAGGAGCAGGGGCAGCUGCAAGAAGAGCUGCACAGGCUCACGUUCCCGCUACCCAAAGCUGGGCUCCUCCCUAAGAGUCAGGAGCUACUUACAAAGUUACAAGACCUGUGUGAACUACAGCUGUUCUACCAAGGUAUGCAGGAAGAGCAGAAAAAACUGGUACAGAGUCAAGAAAGUGUGCUCAAAGAACAGUCAGAUCUGCACGAAGAGCUGCAUCUUUUCAAAAUGUCUCGUUUCCGGGAUGUGUUGGAGAAUCCCAACGAUUCCAAAUCACCUAAGUCCUCCAAGUGUGGUCACGACAAGUCCAAGCUGAUCAUCGCCCAGAUGCAGGCGCUGCAGGUGCUCUACGAGGGCACGCAGACCGAGCAGGAGCUACUGCAGCGGGAGCAGGGCAGGCUCCUCGAGGAGCGGAAGAGGCUGCAGGCCGACCUGCAGCUCUGCCUGGAAGAAAUGCAGCUGCUCCAGGUCCGGUCCCCUUCCAGCAGAAUGAGCUUGGAGAAGAACCGUGGCAGCAUGGCCGCCAGCGGCGAGAACUGCCGCAGGAGUUCCGGGAGCGGCCUCGAUGACAGCGGGAGCUAUCACAAGAGUUACGGUAGCACCCAGGCCAGCACCGAGAGCUUUCUCAAGAGCUAUGACAGCAGCAGCAGUGCCCAGGAGAGCAGCGAGAGGAGCUACUGCGCCGGCAGCAGCGGCAGCAGCAUCUAUAAGAAGAGCUACGGCAGCAGCACCAGCUCGGACACCUGUUACAGGAGUUACGGCAGCAGCACUAAUGAGGGACCUGCCGAGCCUGAAGACCUCGAGCACUGUGAGGAUGUAGUCGCCAGGGUGGUGAUCAAGCUACAGGGGGUGCAGGCCAUGUACCAGCUCAGCCAGGAGGAACAUGACCGGCUGCAAGACCGGAUGAAAAAGCUGUUGGACAGGCAGAAAGAGCUGAAGGAAGAGCUGGUCGCCUGUGAAAAGGAAUUCAAGAAAUGCAUGGAAAGCCUUGAGAAGCCCGCUGCCUCCCCAAACAACAAGGACAAGAACGAGAUCAAAGAGCUGCAGGCCAAGCUGCGGGAGCUGCAGCUGCAGUACCAGGCGAGCAUGGAUGAACAGGGGCGGCUUCUGGCCGUGCAGGAGCAGCUGGAGGGCCAGCUGCAGUGCUGCCAGGAAGAGCUCCGCCAGCUCAAGGAGAAGAAUUCCUCUGUUCCCAGAGAGACCAAGGGGAAAAGUGGCAAUGAGAAUAGGAACAAAAAUGCCAACGGGGUUAAAAACAAAAAGGUGACCAAACCAAGCCUGGACGGUUCUGAGGGCUGCUAUGAGAACGAAAAGAGCCUGGAGGUGGUGCUGUACUACAAGGCCAGCCACACGGACUUAGGUGUCCUAAUACAAGAGGAAGUGGAGGAGGAAGAGGAGGAAAUCAAAAAGGACUCGAAGCAGGACUCCUGCAAUGAACUGGUUUCUGUGCCGUCAGAGCCUGCGGAGAUUAAGUCCGCAAAAGCAGAGGAGGGGUGUUAUGAAGAGUCCCAAGAGCGGGAGGGCAAGGAAGACGACACCAAAGAUGAGAGCGCCAACGACACUUGCCCUGAAGCUUCAGAGGGAAACAACCCCCUCAAGCUUUCUGAGAGCAAAAAGGUAACCGCAGUCGAAGGCUGGACCGAGUGGGAAGUGGGCUCUGGGGCUCCGGUGCCCUGGUGUGGCGGGGUGACCCAGCCCGAGGAUGGACUUCUGCAGGAGCGUAUAGGCCAGCCAGCCCUGAGGCCUAGCGUUCGGGGAGAGUGGAGAUGGAGCCGGGAGUGGUGGAAGUGGGCUCUCUACGGGAAAUGGCGGGCUGAGACCACUGCUGUGGACCUACCUGUGUCUCAAAGAUCACCUUUUCUGGGGCCGUUGCAGUCCUGCCUGCUUUCACCUCUGUGGCAGCCCUCGCUCCUUAAGUCAGGAGGUCUUCCCCCCUUCACCUAGCACUGCACUGAGGACACGGAUGGUGUGAGGCCCGCUUCAGGCUAUUUGCCAGCCUGUGUUAGUCACUCAGUCCUGCCUCCUCGAGGUGCCCUGUUAGGUUGACCUUUGUUGUUGCUGUUAGGGGUGUUCGGGGGGCAGGUGUGGCUUUCGGGUUCUGUGUAUUACAGGGCAUGAGGGGAGGGGCUGGGGGUGGUCAGAAGUAAUAGAAUAUUUUAGUCCGCACAGCAGGGGCGUGGGCCAGUCUGGGGAGAGCAACCAGAGUCCUAACGCUUUAGUGGCUAGAUCUUGAGAGGUUGGGUUGGGAGUAUCCUGGGUAACGUGCCAACCAUACAAAAGUAUUUCUGUAUUUUAACUACUAGUAUAUCUGCACAGGUAGGUACCAGCUGAAUUCCUGCUCUAGUUGAGGUUAACUGGGGGCUCUGAUUCCCUGAAGAGUGAGUACUUCCUGAAUGAGUCCUCGGUUUAUGGUACAGGCUCUUUCCAUCUUUCUUUCUUUCUUUUUUUUUUUUUUAAAGAUUUUAUUCAUUUAUUUGACAGAGAGAGAGAGAGAACAAGUAGGCAGAGAGGCAGGCAGAGGGAGAGGGCGAAGCAGACUCCCCGCCAAGCAGGGAGCCUGAUGCGGGGCUCGAUCCCAGGACCCCGGGAUCAUGACCUGAGCCGAAGGCAGACGCUUAACUGACUGAGCCACCCAGGCGCUCCAUCUUUCCAUCUUUCUAAACACCGGGGAAGAAAAUAAGUCUCUUGUGGUGGGAUGUCCCAGUCAGCUCUAAGGCUAUCUGGCAUUUUCCGGCAGCUCAGUCUGCAGCAGUGGCUAGGGAUCUAGCAUGUAGGUCUCUGUUAACCUUGUGGCAGAGGACCGUUACUUAGGAUGUAAAAAGUAGGAGCCACCGCAGCCUCUUCCCCAGUGCUCUGUUUCUUCGAAUUCAUCAUAUUCCACCGCAUGCUGGCUCAGAGCCUCCUCAAUUUCCUUGCCUUGGGUGCCAACAUCUCUAAACGCCAGACCGGAUCCUUGUACUUCGAAGUUGAGCGCGUUCCUUGUGUCUACAUACGGAGGUGUCCCUUUGCCUCGGCAGGUCCUGCGUCUUUUGCAGGCAGCUCUAAUGGUGUAUGUUACUGCCUGCGAAUUCACUUUCUCUCUGGAAGAUUGUUGCAGUCAAAGAGCUAGCACUUCUCCAUUGUUAGCCUGUUGGAGUGCAUUUUGUCUCACAACAACGGCGUUAGACUCUAGGGGAUCAUAGGGGCCAGGGCCCAGAAAACUGAGAUUCGGUGGACAGCAGCCAGAAAAAGUGGGCUAAUGGGGGCUGGGGGGUGGGGCGGGUGGCCUGGCAGGAGACUGAGUGACCCAGGAGAAGUAUACGUCCUCCUCAUCCAGAGAGCCCGGCUUUACUCUCGGAGCUUCCCUUUUCCAGAGUUACUGACCUGUACGAACGGUCUAGGGCAGAUCACCCCUGCUUGACAAGAUAUGAGAGGGAUAUGGCCAGCCAGCAGAUUGGCCUCCCCACCUGAUUUGGACCUAAGCAGCUGCUUAACCCAUUCAGGUUUGUAUCCUCCACAGGCUGCCAGUGGGAAGAUCCAGGCCCGGGCGCAGAGGAGAGAUACGGCUGCCCUCACUGCCUGUUGUUUAACCUCUUGAUCUCUUUCUCUUUUCCCUUUGUUUUCUCAUCUUCAUUAUCCAUUGGAUUCAUGUGUUUCUGUCUUUUUAUAUCCGCCCCCCCCCCCCCCCAUCUCCUGGCCUCUCCCUGUGCUUCCUUCUCAUUUGAUAUGUUGCAGCCAUCCCCUGCCCCUGAGCCCCCCAUCUUCUCCUUGCCUCUCGUAGCCCUGGUGGUCAUAUCGGCUUUGCUCUGGUGCUGGUGGGCCGAGACGUCGUCCUAACACAGGUACUGGUAUCGAGUCCUCUCCUUUGGAGGGGUAGAGGGAGGGUGCAGGUGGCCCUGGCCUCUCCUCUUUGCCCUUUCUCUCACUUGCUUGCUUCUUGCUUUUAGCCCUUUGACAACAGGAUACUCAGGGGCUGAGUUUUAGCCCUGGCUUCUCCUUGGGCUACUGCAAAGCCCAUAGCACCUCUGAGCGUCUUCCUAACACAUAGUGAGUUGGAAUGCAUACUGUUGACACGGUUUGAGUUUCUGUCCUCUGGCUGGGAAAACUUUGGAUGAUCCCAGCACUGUUGCUACUUUGAAAAAUGCCUGACCACUUCUGAUGAGCUGAUGUCUGUCUGCAAGGCUGACCUGAGUGCUCUUUGCUCUCACUACUGUCACCACCCAGGAUGGCAAAAUAAGGCAUCACUGCGCCUCCCCUGUUGGGUGAGAGAGGAAUUCCGGAGUGUUGUGACCAACUCCCAACCCCAACCCUAACUCCCUUACCAGGGGCAUUUGUAUGAGGGCAGGCUCAAUUUGUCCUCCAGACUUGGCGAAAAUGGAACAGAAACCCCUACCAUAUUGUGUUCUUUCAAUGGAGAAAUUCUCUGGUUUGGGACUUCUGGUCUUCAGACAACUCAGAACCAGAAUGCCAGGAAAUAUUUUAUAGUUCUAUGUUUAUCCCUUUUGGGGUCCAGACUCUAUUGUAAUUGCCUUCCCAAGCCAGGCUUUUUAGACAUAAUGUGGUACUGGUGAAAAGAAAGAGAUGCAGGUAUUCCCAGGGCGCCAAGGCUGACAUAUUCUGGGCAUCUUCCACUUGGCCUCGGCCCAUGUAAUCUGGUCUGUCAACAGGAUACCAAAUUUAGGAGGCAGAAUGUGGUCUUAGGUCCCAGGGUAGAGCCCUAGGGUUCCACCUGUCUUUGGAACCCAUAAACUAUUCUCUCCUGGCCUGUUCUGGCUCCUUUCUCCUGCUCCCCUGCCCACCCCCCCCCCACUUCCCACCCUCCCUUCUCACCCCUGCAAAUGAAGUGCCGCUGGCUUAAUGCACGGGUUGGGGCGGCAGCUGAAGCAUAUGUUGGUAGCACUUAGCAGCAUCCUUUUCUCCUUCCUUCUCCCCUCACUGUUUUUCCUCUUCAUCCUUUCUCCUCUUUAAGGUGUUCCACUUACUCCCCACAAAUAGUCUACCUCCUUUAGUGACAGGGUCCCUAUCCCUGUACUGUCCACAUCCAGAUUUCUCAGCCCCUAGGGGAGGAGACCCAAAGCAUUUGGCCAUAACCUUUCUGCACCUCAGCCAGGCCCACACAGAGUGAGAGGAAGGAGCUCCUGGGUCAGGGUGCUCUUGGGGGGUCGGGCUGUGCCCCACUCUGCAGCUCCCAGUCCAGGAGCUGAGGCAGCGUAGCUCUGUAGAAAGCGUGGCUGACAGGUGAGAACCUGGCCCAGUCUGUCUCUGCCUCUUACCGCUUAGUCCCAGUGGGCAAAAUGCAUAACGGAAACAUUAGUUUCUUCAAAUGACAGUGAAGAAUGGUAAAAUCUCUGCUUUCCUCAUGUGACCAUCACAGGAGUUCAUGUUUAUGAAGGUUCUUCAUAAAUAAUAAAACACCCCAUAAAUAAUUUAAAAAGCGUAUACUUACAGCAUACAUACUAUGUACCUGGCACUGUUCUAAUCACCUUACAUAUAAACUCAUUUAAUCUUUGCAACAACCCAACGAGGUGGCUUUUAUUAUGAUUUUAUAUGUAAUAAAACUAAGGCAUGGAGAGGUCAAGUAAUACCGCCAGUGAAUUAUGAAUUGAUUUCUAAGGACUAAUAUUAGCAACAGCUAGAAUUCCAACCUUGCCUCCCCCUUCCCAUCUCUCCUCAUUUUGAGCAGUUUUCCCUGGUUGGUUCCAUGUAAUUAGGAAGACUGCGUACUUCUCUUCACACAGCCCCCAGGGGCAUUAGCUCUCUUGACAACUAAUGUCACGUUGUUAACUCUCUGCGUGUGUUGUUUAUAAAGCCCCUUUGCGUAUUGCAUAUGCUAAGUAUCCUCUCCCCGUUUUCUACCUGCAAUUGAUUUUUUGGAUCUGAGGCAGAAUUUUUUACUCAUUCCUAUUCGGUAUAGUCCAUUGAUGUAACCUGUGGAGUUGGUUUUUUCUUUUUUUUAAAUCUUGACCUUGCGGUUUCCGAUUAUCCAUUUCCCUGCCAGCUCCACAUCCUCCUCAAGGGCAACCAGCCUACUUUCAUAUGUUCGUGUGCAUUAUUUUUUUUAGAAGUCUUAUUUAGGUGAUCUCUACCCCGUACAUAGGGCUUGAACUCACGACCCCGAGAUCAAGAGUCGCAUACUCUUCCACCUGAGCCAGCCAGGCGCCCUGUUAGUGCACAUUAAGGGGGAGGGCCGACCCUCUGGAGUGUUGUCUCUCCAGGCUCUCUUUUAUCCAGCUCAUUGGUCACAUGGCAAAUGGUCACACAGCAACCUGUGUGUGCUACCAUGCUGAUUAUUUCCUCUUGUUCUGUCCAAGGAGAUCAUGGAAAAUCUGUCGGAUGUGUUGAUAAAAUCCAAAAACAUUUCUUUGAUCUGUCAACUUAGUAACCUAGUCUGUAAGGAAAGCCUGAUGUGACUUACCCCUUUGGGACCAGCCCUCAGCCAGUCUGGAACAUGCCUCUGACUGGUAUAAAGCGUAUCAGUUCACAUUUAUGGGUCUAGCUCUGUCCUUUUUUUUUUUUUUUAAAGAUUUUAUUUAUUUAUUUGAGACAGAGAGAAUGAGAGAGACAGAGAGCACAUGAGAGGGGGGAGGGUCAGAGGGAGAAGCAGGCUCCCUGCUGAGCAGGGAGCCCGAUGCGGGACUCGAUCCUGGGACUCCAGGAUCAUGACCUGAGCCGAAGGCAAUCGCUUAACCAACUGAGCCACCCAGGCACCCGCUCUGUCCUUUUUUUAAAAUUUAAUUUAAUUUAUUUAAGUGGGGAAGGGGGAGCAGAGAGAGAAUCCCAAGCAGGCUCCACACCCAGCACAGAGCCCAAUGCUGGGCUGGAUCUCACCACCCUGAGGUCGUGACCUGAGCCGAAAUCAGAGUCAGAUGCUUAACCAACUGAACCACACAGGCACCCCGCUCUGUCCUUCUUUAAGAACACCAGACUGACAACAUUUUUAGCAGUGUACAUUAGGAUAUAAGCAUCUAAGCGUGUAGAUACCCUUUCUAGCUUCCUUUCCAGUUACUUUCUUGUAUAAAUUACUCUGUAUAUCCACCUCCAGCAUUGUUUCGCUUUCCAUUUCAUUUGUGCUGCUCUUUUUAGUAACUAUUUCUACAAAUGUAGGAGAUCUUCUUUGCUCUUUAUAGCUGGCUUAAAGUCCUCUUUUUAGUUCCAUUAUUCUCUGAGCAAAUGCAUUCUUAGCAUCAGUACUAUACUCCGCUCUUACCUAAAAUCAUCCUCCUGUCAUUAUGCCAUAGCUUAUGACUCAGCCCAAAUUCUGUCUUUCAAGUAGUACAGUAAAAAAAGUAAUAACAAUGGGAACGAUUUCCCUAAGUAUGUAUUGUCCACGAUUUCGUGUUCCCUGAAGGAUGCUUCUUUGUUGUCCCACGAAUCAGCAGGCUUUGCUGUGGUCAGCAGAGUCUGGCAGCCUCAGCGCACUGGCACUUGCCAGGAAGUCCAUCAACACACUGGUGCCCAGGGGUGUUUUAAGGCAUUUGUCUCCGGGGCCGGUGACCGGCUUCCUUGAGCUUCCUCGAACCAACAUCAUUGUCCAGAAAAGGUUUGGGCUGCCCACGAACCUCAGGUUCGCCUGCACUCUGGGGUGUGCUUUCUUUACUUCCCCCUCAGUCUUCUCCUUUUGACUGAGUUUGUUGCUCCUGCGUAAAGCCAACGAGGCACUGCUGCUUUUCCCAAAGGCCCCAGUUUACCCUCUUUUUCUUGCCGUGGCACUUGAUCCUUUCUCGUUGCAACCAUCUGGAUACUCUUUGGUCUGCCUCCUGAGCUCGCUUCUACACCCAGGAACUGGUAUUCUCAUUCCGUUGGGCAUGAAUACACGCAGUCCCCUCAGGUGGUACACCUAGCGUUGUUCCAGGUACCUCGCACCGCCAGCACUAAGACCACAUUGUCUCCGGCAGUUACCCAGGAGGUGAGAGAGACCAGACCGUGAGGUUCCCGAUGUCUCUCCAGUGCCAGUAGACAGGGGAGCCUCUGGCUUAGGGAAGGGUUUGGAAGGCCGGGCACUCACCAUUUGUCUUUGGUCCCCACAGAACAUG